AUGAAUCUUAUUACAUUAUUUGUUGAUCUGAAGAAGAUGUAUCAUUCUCUCCAAGACCAGAGCUUGGUUUUGCAGCAAUUGAAGCUUAAACUGACCAUAGAUGAAUCUUCUUCUUCUGAUUGUCAAUCCAAUGGUCAGCUUCCUACCCAAAGACAAUUUCCUGGAAUAAAAGCGAUGAUUGCUAUCUCUCAAGCUGCUACUUCUCUGGAACCAUUCCUCAAUCUAUUGAAUCUCAUACAACUCAAUAAUUUACGCCUUUUCUCGAACAACUUCAAUGGUUCACUUCCAUCAACAAUCUCAAAUCUAGUGCAACUUGUUGAAUUUGUUAUUUCAUCUAACAACUUUAGUGGUGGCAUUCCAAAUAUUUUCAGUAACUUCACCAAGCUCAAAUCUUUAUCCCUGUUAGAUAACUUAUUUACAGGGUUGUUUCCAUCCUCAGUUACAAACCCGGCAAAGCUUGAAAGUUUAGAACUCUCUAACUGUUCAAUUACCGGUCCUAUUCCUCCUAUCACCACCGGAUUCCCCAACCUUAUCUUGCUUUUCCUAGCAGAUAACUCGCUUACUGGGGAAAUACCAUCUUGGAUAUUUGAUCUUCCUUCCUUAAAAUUGUUAGUAAUGAUAUCCAAUCAAUUUACUGGCCAACUUAAGGAAUUUAGAUAUAACUUGCUAGAAGUUCUUGACUUGGGUGAGAAUAUGCUGCAUGGACCUAUCCCAAGAUCAUUUUCUAAACUUGUAAACUUUACAACAAUAGAUAUUUCUACAAAUAACUUUUCCGGUGAUCUAGAUAUUGAAGAUAUGGCCUUGCCCAGUUCUAUUGGAAGAUUGUAUGUAUCUUCCUGCAAUAUAAGGGAAUUAAAUUUCUUACAAGCUGCAACGAGACUUGGUCUAUUAGAUCUUUCCAACAACAAGAUCUAUGGCAAAAUUCCUGAUUGGGCGUGGUCUGAUUGGCAAAGCUCAUUGUUUUAUCUGAAUCUUUCGAGCAAUUUUCUAACUGCUAUUGACCCACUUCAUGACUUUGAAGGUCUUGUUUAUCUCGAUCUUGGAUCGAACUUGAUUCAAGGAGAAUUACCCGCUCCACCUCCCCGCAUGUUCUUCUUCAUAGUCUCAAAAAAUAACUUCACCGGGAAGUUACCUUCACCGUUAUGCAGGAUGAGUACCCUUGUGAUUCUUGAUUUGUCCAGUAACAGCUUGAGUGGAGUAAUUCCAAAAUGUUGGUAA